GACGUUGCAGACCCCGUCAAGGUGGACGUCUAUUUCGAGACUCUGUGUCCAGACAGCAUCGCUUUCUUCGUGGAUCAGUUACAGCCGACCUGGAAGGCCGUUCCAGAGAUACUGCAAGUUGAACUCACAGCGUAUGGGUUUGCUAGUGUAACACCUUCAGAAGACGGCUAUACCUUCGAGUGCCAACACGGGGCCAACGAGUGCCACGGGAACCUCGUUGUCUCUUGCGCUAAGAGCAUCAUCGUUGAACAUAACACCUUCGUUGAUUUCACUAUCUGUCUCAUGACCGGCGAAUCACCUCCCGACGAAGGAGAGAGGUGUGCCCAGGAGGUGGGAGUGGAGUGGGACCCCAUCAACCAGUGUGCCGAGUCAGUGGAUGGAGAGCUGUUGCUGUAUGAACAAGGUCAGAAGCAAGAGGCCCUCGACCCCGUCCCUGACUGGAUGCCCUGGAUUAUAAUCAAUGACGAAUUCACUGAGGAUAAUUUAGUCGAGGCUCAGGUCGACCUGCUGAAUCUCGUGUGUCGUGUGUACGAGGGGUCGCCGCCCCCGGGCUGCGCCUAAGGCUUCAGGAGACCCCUUCAACCCCUUGGCUGCCCCUUCCCACACAUCCCUCCAUGAUAGCUGCCAAUAGUGCCAUUAUACAGAAUAUAUACACAAACUGACUACGCAAAAAUACAAUUUUGUGACCGGAUCAAUUUGGACGUCGGAUCACCUCACUAGUCCUAUUAUUAUUACUAUUAUUAUUAUUAUUACUAUUAUUAUUAUUAUUACUAUUAUUAUUAUUACUAUUAUUAUUAUCAUCUCAUCAUUAUUACCACCAGACCUUAACUCGUAACACUAGAAUAACAAGAUUGACUACAAACAAUGCUACUACCUGGAGAGUCUUCCGGGGGUCAACGCCCCCGCGGCCCAGUCCUCCUGGUCGAUCAGGGCCUGAUCAACCAGGCUGUUACUGCUGGCUGCACGUAGUCCAAAGUACGAACCACAGCUCGGCUGAUAGGGUACUGACUUUAGUUAUCUGUUCAGCUUCCUCUGGAAGGCAGCCAGGGGUCUUGAAGGCAGCCAGGGGUCUUGAAGGCAGCCAGGGUUCUUGAAGGCAGCCAGGGGUCUUGAAGGCAGCCAGGGGUCUUGAAGGCAGCCAGGGGUCUUGAAGGCAGCCAGGGGUCUUGAAGGCAGCCGGGGGUCUUGAAGGCAGCCGGGGGUCUUGAAGGCAGCCAGGGGUCUUGAAGGCAGCCAGGGGUCUUGAAGGCAGCCAGGGGUCUUGAAGGCAGCCAGGGGUCUUGAAGGCAGCCAGGGGUCUUGAAGGCAGCCAGGGGUCUUGAAGGCAGCCAGGGGUCUGGAAGGCAGCCAGGGGUCUGGAAGGCAGCCAGGGGUCUAUGCACCACAAAAACACUCUAUUGUUACAAAAUUAUUGACAAGACUUAUUUGGUCCUUACUGAUUUUCUAGCAAUAAAAAAAAUGGAUAAU